AUGAUUGGCGGCCUGUUCGUGUACAAUCACAAAGGUGAAGUACUGAUCUCUCGCAUAUAUCGAGAUGAUGUCACGCGGAAUGCAGUCGACGCAUUCAGAGUCAAUGUUAUCCAUGCUAGACAGCAGGUCCGAACUCCGGUGACAAAUAUGGCUCGCACGUCAUUUUUUCAUGUCAAGAGGGGUAAUGUGUGGAUCUGUGCGGUAACGCGACAGAAUGUCAAUGCUGCAAUGGUUUUUGAGUUCUUGAAUAGGUUUGCUGAUACAAUGCAAUCAUAUUUUGGAAAGCUGAAUGAGGAGAACGUCAAGAACAACUUUGUCUUGAUUUAUGAGCUUCUAGACGAAAUUCUAGACUUCGGUUAUCCGCAGAAUACUGAUCCUGGAGUGCUGAAGACGUUUAUCACUCAGCAAGGUGUUCGCACUGCGACGAAAGAGGAACAAUCGCAGAUAACAUCACAAGUUACUGGGCAGAUAGGAUGGAGACGUGAGGGCAUCAAAUACAGGCGAAACGAGCUUUUCCUCGAUGUAAUCGAAUAUGUGAAUCUUCUUAUGAGUCAACAAGGACAGGUGCUUUCUGCUCAUGUUGCUGGGAAAGUUGCAAUGAAGUCGUAUCUAAGUGGAAUGCCUGAGUGUAAAUUUGGAAUCAAUGAUAAGAUUACAAUUGAUGGCAAGGGUAAAACUGGCGGUGAUGAUCCAAAUAAGUCUGCACGAGCUUCCGUGGCUAUAGAUGACUGUCAGUUCCAUCAAUGUGUUAAGCUUACAAAGUUUGACACCGAACAUGCUAUUUCUUUCAUUCCUCCUGAUGGAGAGUAUGAGCUGAUGAGGUAUCGAACCACAAAGGACAUUCAACUUCCAUUUCGUGUUAUUCCAUUAGUCAGAGAAGUAUCUAGAAACAAAAUGGAAGUCAAGGUAGUGGUAAAAUCGAAUUUCAAACCGUCGUUAUUGGCGCAGAAGAUCGAAGUUCGUAUCCCAACACCACCGAACACGUCUGGGGUUCAGUUGAUUUGCAUGAAAGGGAAGGCAAAAUAUAAGGCAGGCGAAAACGCAAUAGUUUGGAAAAUUAAACGAAUGGGAGGCAUGAAAGAAAGUCAAAUCUCGGCAGAAAUUGAUCUUCUAUCGACAGGUUCUGAAAAAAAGAAGUGGAAUCGUCCACCUGUUAGCAUGAACUUUGAGGUUCCAUUCGCUCCAUCGGGCCUAAAAGUGCGCUAUUUGAAAGUUUUUGAACCAAAGCUGAAUUAUUCUGAUCAUGACGUCAUUAAAUGGGUACGAUACAUCGGCCGCAGCGGUCUUUAUGAGACAAGGUGCUAG